AUGGCCAAGGGAGAUGCCUCUUGGCACACAAUCAAAGAAGCCUUGGGUUGGAACUGGGGAGCGACAACAAAGACAUUGCAAUUGAAAGAGAAACGAGUGAGCAAGGCCCUGUCACUCCUGGGCGAGGUCAUGGAUUGCAAACGCGUCUCCCUGAAACGAUGGCAGCAGGUGUUAGGAGUCUUACGAAGCCUGCAGCCAGGAAUGUCGGGCAGUGAGGGACAUUUCUCCCUGCUGCAGGAUGCACUGAUUCGACAGGUGGAUUGUAGGGUGCGGUUGACUCCUGAGGUCCGUGAGCAACUGGAAAUCUUCCAAGAUUUUCUUCAUGGCCAUGCGAAGCGCCCCACAACACUUGAAGAACUGGUACCAGGCGUUGACUUACAUGUUGGCGCUUGCGAUGCGGCAAAGUCGGGAAGGGGAGGAGUGUGGUUCACAGACGAUGGAGAGGCCAUCGUCUGGCGCGAACCAUAUCAAGAAGCAGUGAAAAAAGAGGUUAUUUCAGAUCACAAUCUGACAGGAAAACUUACCAACUCAGACUUGGAGCUGGAAGGCACCGUUCUCCAUCAUUUUGUCCUUGGAAAGACCGCCCAGGUGGAAGGCAAAACCACUUAUACUGGCUGUGAUAACACACCAGCAGUGUCGUGGCGCACAAAAGGAUCGUCCACCUCUCGAAAGGCAAGAGCAAGAAUAUUACGGUUAGCGGCAGGAUUACAGCGGGAACAAAGAGCACAUCAUCGUAUUGGUCACUUAUCUGGAACGAACAAUCGAAUGGCCGACGAUGCUAGCCGACUGUGGCACCUGUCUGACGCCGAAUUUAUCUCAUAUUUUAAUUGCACGUAUCCACAGAUCAACUCUUGGCAACUGUACAGGAUGUCAAACGCCAUGAACUCCUUGAUGACAUCCGUGCUGUUGAACUCGGAAUCGAACGCAGAGUCUGUCCUUCAAGAGUUGCAAAGGCACACUCUGUCUGGACCACAUGGGUUGCCUUCUGCGACAGCCUCACCCUCGACCCAGGAUUGUCAGCGGUCAACGAUCCCUUGCUCAUCAUCCUCCUCUUUGGAACCCAAAGGCGACGUGGAAAAAUUGCCGGGCCAACAGCUAGUAACAACUGUCAGCCCAAAAACAUCAUUGAAACUCUUUUAG